AUGAGAGUGGCGAACCGCGUGUUCACGGAGCGUCCGCUAUCACAGGUCGAGGUCGUCGCUCACCUUCUCGGAUAUCCGGCCGAGUUCACCGACAGCAGCGCGUGGGCGUACCUGAACUGUUCUCUGCUGUACUGGGAAGUCUUUCGGCGAUGGCGGCAUCUCCGAGAAGCCAGUGGCGCUGCGGCUAUGGAUGACACCUUGAUGACACCGGGAGAGCUGCUGAAAGGCCUAUGCCUGUAUGACUACAUAUCGAUCGUCAGACUGAAACGCAUCGGCAACGACGAGAGCUGGGCGGCUUGGGGGGAGAUGUCUUUCGAGGAUGGAUGGGCGCCGGGACGACGCUGGGUUCAGGUGCUCAGGCGGCCGGGCAAGCACGCUACCGUCUGCCUCGACGGCUACCUGAGCAAGGACUUCACCUACGAUGACGAGUCGUGCUACCGGAGGGCAGCCGUGCAGCAUCUUGCGCUGUUCGUGCCGUGGAGUCCUUCCUGGGCGAAGGAACAGCUGCUUCGACGAUUCGCCGAAGACGCAAAACGCGACGCCAAGCAAUGGGCAGCCUCGUCCGGCGAUGGCGACCCGACGGUCGCACACGUCGAGGAGGGUGGAGCAGGCGAGGCGGGCGCGGAGUCUGCAGCGACAUAUCAGCCCAACAGCAUCGGAGACGCAACGCGGCUCAUCGACGUCGUCCGAGGUGCAGUGGGAGCGAAUCAGGUGACGGCCAAGUCGCCGGAGCUCAUGGCAAUGAUACAGCAGCUCUGGCGGGUAUUUUCCGGGGCCGCACUACCGCCGCAGGAUCAGGUCAAGGCUAUCAAGUCGCAGCAGGUAAGUGCCUCGAAGGAGAGGGAGAGGAUGAUCCAAGGGAUACAAAGCACGCCCGCCGCCUGGGAAAGCGAUCGCCGCGCAGCGUUGCGAAGGGUGAUGACCGGUUUCGGGGAGGACGAGAUCGAAAUGACGAUGGCCGACUCCGACGAGACCGCUAUCGACGCAGGGGCGGGAAUGGACGUUCAGUUUGGCCCAUCAACCUCCUUCCUCGCGGCGGGCAAGGUGUUGGCAACACGGCUGACGCUGAACAAGAGGCAGUCCAUCGCUUUUCUGAUAAUAUGCCGCCAGCUCGAUUUGAUGCAGCAGACCGCCGGGGCGAUGCCUGCCAGCUGCGCCAGUUCGUCGGUGGCGAGGGCGGCGGAGCGGUUCAUCCACGGCCAGUCUCGAAUGGAUUGGCAGGAGAAGGAUGUGCUCGUCAUCGACGAGGUGAGCAUGCUCGGGGCGCGGACGCUGCACGCCGUGAACGAGCGGCUUCGCCGGCUUCGCGGAUCGCGGCAAGAUUUCGGGGGGAUCCCCAUCGUCCUCUUCUGCGGAGAUUUUCAGCAGUUCCGGCCGGUCCAAGAGAGGUCGAUCGUCCUGCCUAGCGCGGCCAUCUCGUGGGACGUAGACAACUCGUUCAAGGCCGAGCAGCGUCACCAGCACGACAAAGCGCACGCACUGUGGAAGAGGUUCACGACGGUCGUCAUGCUGGACGAGCAGAUGCGCGCCGCCGGCGACCCGGAGCUGCAGAGGCUGCUGAAGCGGAUCCGUCUAGGCGUGCAGGAUCGGACGGAUCUAAACCUCCUCAACUCAAGGUGCUACCGGGAGGGAAGGCGGAUCCCUUGGGAGACGGGCAUCACCGUGGUGACGCCGCUCAAUAGGAAUCGGUGGAACCUGAACAUGGAGGCGAGCCUGGCGUUCCGGGUCCAGCAGCGGUCGACGAUGCGCAUUUUCAUCUCCGAGCACAAGUGGAAGGAGGAGCUGCCGACGGAGGAAGAGGCGAUCAUGAUACUCAACCAGGGCGACGAUAGCGCGAUCCCGGUGCCGGCCGUCUUCAUGUUCGUGGCCGGGAUGCCCAUCGUCGUGAACCACAACACCCACCAGGGGCUGAAGCUAGUGAACGGCGCGAGCUACUCGGCGGUGGAGGUCAUUGUCGACAAGGCGUACCCGGGGCAUCGGAUCUCGGCCGAUAUGACGAUCCACUUCGGCCGCCGGCGGGGAUCAUUCUCGAAUCGGAGACGACGAGAUAUCUCCACUUCUGCCAGCGAAAAAGGCCGUGGCAACGCAACGACGUCAGCCGAAAGGGGCAAAACGCUGGAGCGCGUGGCCUCGAGCUGCGAGGACACGGACGACGAAGAUGGAUGGAACGGUGGUGCCUCGCAGUGCGACCCGUACGGCCUGUACGUGCAGCUAUCGCGCUGCCGAACUCUAGACGGCAUCAUGCUCGUGUCCAAGGUGCGGGACAGAGACUUGGUGGGCAACCGGGUCCCGAGGAGAUGA